AUGGAUGAUGCCUACUACUCACUAGACCAACUCCUGGCCGAAAACCAGAAGAUCCCAUGCAUCUUCAACAUCGCUGUGCCCGGGAUGGGAUAUCUCGAAGGGACCAAUGAACGCGAUAUACAACCCUAUACGCCCAUAGAGAUCCCGUUCUGGCUGGCAAGCAUCCUUAGUCAACAGGACAACCCCGAGGACGAAAGUCAGAAUUAUCUAACGAUCCAAAUCCCUAAAGCGUUCAACCUCCAAAUUCGGAACGCCCUGUCUGCUUCGACCAAGAACGUCAACUUGAAAAACCUGGCCGCUAACUCUGGCGGUGGGUGGUAUGAAUCCGGCAUGGCCUUGUUAGACAUGAUUGAAGAUCACAAACUAAAGAUAGUAUUACACAAGACAUUGUUCGACCGAUUGCCAGACAUAAUGGACCUAGCCUCACGCCCGCCGCUCAGUUCAGGGGAAGAUAGAUCAACGAGCACUAAUACAACCAGCAGUCAUAAUAAUCAUGAUGAGCUCUCUGUGGGCUCGGAUUCAUGGGAGAAGGAGAUCCUGUGGACGGGUCAACUGAUGACUAAAAAAUUCACUGAUUGGGAGAAGGGUCGAAUUAUCUGCUUAUAA